AUGAAUGCAUCUGCCCAGUCAGAUUUGGUGACAUCACUGUCGUUUAUUCAUCACGUCAUCCAAUCACAGGACAUAGCUAUCAAAGCAAGUAUUGAGCAGAGCAAAACUAUCAUUCAACAUCGAUUCAAUAUACCGCACUUCCAGGAAAUAUGUGGUUUCGUUUCAAUCCACGCAUUGCAUCUGAUUUUGAAAGAAUUUGAGCGAUCUAAGAAUGCCGGAGAAGUUUCCUACAAAUGCGGAUGUCAACUUCGUACAAGCUACGGACUACCAUGUGCGCACGAGCAAGCAAUAUGUUUGAACGAUGGUCAUCCCAUACCAAUUAAUUCCAUAGAUAAUUUUUGGAGGAAACUUGACUUAUCACUGUGUGUGUCUCUUCAAGACGAUGACAUCGAUUGUGUCGUCGAUCUGCAAGUGUUCACGAAACAAUUUAAGCAGCAAACAAGGCAUGGCAAAUUCAAUCUUUUAAGGAAGUUGAGGGAGAUAAUCACACCAUCAACAACUUUAAUUCGUGAACUUGUUGUUAAGACGAACACUCUUGGACACCCCUCGAAGAAAAAAGUUGCAUCAAAUACUCGUGCUAAUCCGUCUGCAUUAGUGUUCGUUGAGUCUGAUUCCCCUCAUUCUCGGGAACCAAGCAGACACAAUUAUUCGUUUGGAGGCCCCGACUCAAAGAGCAGGGAAGACAUAUCCACUCGUGCUAAUACGACUACAUUUGAGUUUGUUGAGCCAGAUAUUUUUCAGUUUCAGGAACUAGCGAGACACAGUUGCUCCUCUACUUACAACUACUCUGUACAUGCCUAUGUUCGUCAGUUUCCACCUAUACUUCAUCCUUACAUUAUGCAUGUACAAGACUUAACAUCUGAUAGAAAUUGUGGCUUUCGGGCGAUAGCUGUCUGUCUUGGUCUUCACGAAGAUGCAUGGGCAACUAUCCGGUAUAACUUAAUAGAAGAAUUGUACAAAUUCAGGACACAGUAUGUUGAAAUAUUUGGCAGUGAUGAUCAGUGGACUCGUGUUUACAACUCACUGAACUUCUUUACAUUAGAUUGA